AUCUGGUCUUCCUUCCCAAGGCUAUAAUCUCUCCUAGUUUUCAUCGUAUGAGCAUCAUCAUUCUUCACAUCACUCCACAGGUACGUUUUCCUCUGUUUCUCUCUGAAAAACUCUCUCUCUCUCUCUCAUAACCCAAAAGUCAAACAAACUUUUCUAUUAGAAAAUACAAAAUGGCAAAACAGGAACCAGCUUUCAUUGGAGCCAUUGAUCAAGGCACAACUAGCACCAGAUUCAUAAUCUACAAUCGCCAUGCCAACUCUAUUGGAUCUCACCAGGUUGAAUUCACCCAGUUCUACCCUCAAGCCGGAUGGGUGGAGCAUGAUGCUAUGGAGAUACUUGAGAGCGUCAAGGUGUGUAUGGCCAAGGCAGUGGAUAAAGCUACUGCUGAUGGACAUAAUGUUGAUGGUUUAUUGAAGGCUAUUGGGCUAACUAAUCAGAGAGAGACCACUGUUAUUUGGAGCAAAUCAACUGGUGUUCCUCUUUAUAAUGCCAUUGUUUGGAUGGAUGUUCGUACCAGUUCUAUUUGCAGGAAAUUGGAGAAAGAAUUACCAGGUGGAAGGACUCAUUUCAUUGAGACUUGUGGUCUGCCAUUAAGUACUUAUUUCAGUGCAGUGAAGAUACUGUGGUUGAUGGAAAAUGUUGAUGCUGUUAAAGAGGCUAUCAAGAAAGGGGAUGCUCUGUUUGGAACUAUAGACUCUUGGUUAAUAUGGAAUUUAACUGGUGGAGUGAAGGGUGGCUUGCAUGUCACUGAUGUUUCUAAUGCAUCUCGAACCAUGCUCAUGAAUAUCAAAACCCUUGAAUGGGAUAAACCUACAUUGAAUACUUUGGGAAUUCCUGCUGAAAUUCUGCCCAAAAUUAUAAGCAACUCUGAGGUUAUUGGAAAAAUUGCAAAGGGGUGGCCAGUUACUGGCAUUCCGAUUGCAGGGUGUCUUGGAGACCAACAUGCUGCAAUGGUAGGACAAGGAUGCAAAAGAGAUGAGGCCAAAAGCACUUAUGGGACUGGUGCUUUCAUACUUCUCAACACAGGUGAUCACAUAGUUCCAUCAAAGCACGGGCUUUUAACUACUUUGGCUUAUAAGCUUGGUCCAAAAGCGCCUACCAAUUAUGCUUUAGAGGGUUCAAUUGCUAUUGCUGGAGCUGCAGUUCAAUGGCUUAGAGAUGGCCUUGAGCUAAUUAGUAGUGCAAGUGAAAUCGAGGAACUUGCCAAGCAGGUUGACUCGACUGGUGGUGUUUAUUUUGUACCUGCUUUUAAUGGACUGUUUGCCCCAUGGUGGCGUGAUGAUGCCCGUGGGGUCUGCAUUGGGAUCACAAGGUAUACUAAUAAGUCCCACAUUGCUCGAGCUGUGCUUGAGAGCAUGUGUUUCCAAGUUAAAGAUGUAUUGGAUUCAAUGCACAAAGAUAGAGAGGAAAAGCAUAAGGACACUAAGAGGGAGUUCCUGCUAAGAGUAGAUGGUGGUGCAACUAUUAACAACCUCUUGAUGCAGAUUCAGGCAGACUUGGUGGGACACCCAGUUGUGAGGCCAGCUGAUAUAGAAACAACAGCUCUUGGAGCAGCCUAUGCUGCUGGUUUGGCUGUUGGGAUUUGGACAGAGAAGGAGAUUUUUGCUUCAGGAGAAAAGGCUAAGACAGAUACCAUCUUCUGUCCGAAAUUAGAUGAAGAACUGAGAAAGAAAAAGGUGGAAUCUUGGUGCAAAGCUGUUGAAAGAACUUUUGGCUUGGCUGAUCUUUCAAUAUGAAGCACAUUCUAGUUUUCCUUAGUCGCCCUUCUCGUAGAUUAACUCAGUUCUUCUUUGCUUAAUUUUUCCAGUUUUUACGUUUAGUUCUAUGUAGAUAGAGUUCAAUGAUAAUAAUUGCUGAUCUUGGAUUGAUUGUUCAUGUGCUGAUAUUUUGUGCCUCAACGAACUGAUGCAUCUUUUAAUAUAUUCUUCUGCUUCUUUUGAUU